GACCUACCCUUUGGGCCAGACCUGAAGAGGACAGCCCAGAACCAAAAGCCCCACCCUCUCUGCAGCCGCUGAGUAUCGGAUCCAAAUAGGAGAAAAUCCUCGCCUCCAGGUUUCCUAAUGCUUCUCAUGGAAACUAGUUAGGGGACCAAAUGGCGAAAGAAAAGAAAAAGCUAAUGAAGUGGAAAAUUGUCCCUGCGUUGGCAGUCAUUGGGAUGAAAAAAUUCCGCCUCUACAGUGGCAGCGGAGCCAAUGGGAUGAAUCGUGCCCAGGAGCUUGCUCCAAUGAGGCGGCAGGUCUCGCCCGGCCACGGGCGGAGCCAAAGGCCGCGGCCCACAGGCUGCCUGACUGCCCGCCUCCGGCCGCCGCGGAGCCGAGUGCUGGCCCUGGUUGCGCGAGGUUCCCGCGGCUUUGGAAAGAUGGCGGCGGUCGUGGUAUUGGCCGCUGGGUUGCGCGCGGCGCGCAGAGCCAUGGCAGUCGCCGGGCAACGGGGGGCGCAGGUCCGAAGAGCUGCAGGUGUGACUGAUGGGAAUGAAGUGGUCAAGGCCCAGCAAGCAGCUCCUGGAGGAGCAGCCCCAACCAUCUUCUCCCGGAUCCUGGACCGAAGCCUCCCAGCUGACAUUCUAUAUGAUGACCAGCAGUGUCUUGUGUUCCGCGAUGUAGCCCCUCAGGCUCCUGUGCACUUCCUGGUCAUUCCUAAGAAGCCCAUUCCUCGGAUUAGCCAGGCUGAAGAAGAAGACCAGCAGCUUCUAGGACACCUACUCCUUGUGGCCAAGAAGAUAGCAAAGGCUGAGGGGUUAGGAGAUGGAUACCGACUUGUGAUCAAUGAUGGGAAGCUGGGCGCACAAUCUGUAUAUCACCUGCAUAUUCAUGUACUUGGAGGCCGACAGCUCCAGUGGCCUCCAGGUUGAAUCUACAAACUGACCGAGGAUCCCAGACCUGGAUGCUUGGAUGGGGAAGGGAAAGGAGGAUUCUGUGAUGCUAAUAAACCUGCUCUCC